AUGGCGAUUCGGCAACUAUUAUUUUUGCUGAUCAACUAUGUCUGCGCUAAGAAUGCAUUAGCCCAAAUCGUUCCUUAUAAUACUAAUGGAUGUUGCCAAAGACCGCCUGGCAAUCAAAAUCAAAUGAUCAACCUUCAACAACCGGUACCAACAAACUUCAUCCAGAAUACUCCAAUCAACUUGCCGAUAACUCAACGGCCAGCCAACGAAUUGACAAUUAUUAGCAAUCUGCCAGUUAUUAAUAAGGCACCAAACAACGUACAAAUAAUAAGUCAAGUUAACCGACUACCUGCCUAUAAUUUGGCACCAGUUAAUACACCGCCAAAUCUAAAUAACAUCCUAAAUUUCAAUCAAAUCAGUGGCCAACCAUAUAACAAUAUACCAAUCGGAACUAAUUUGCCGAUAGGUCUCAUAAACUCGCUACCAUUAAAUAAUCAAGUUUUAAGUAGUAACGUACAGCCCGUUAAUCAGUACAAUUAUUUGCGCAACAAUAAUCCAAGCGUGCCAAUUAUAAGUCAACUUAACAAUUUACCUCUUAACAAUCUGCCAAUCAGCGCACCAGUUGUAAGUCAACUAAAUGGUUUACAAAUUGGUAACCUACCCAUAAUAGACACGUUAUUACUUGCCAAUCUUCUAAAUAUUAACACUUUGCCAACACCCAAUCCGCAGCCGAUCAACAGAGUGCUGUUUAAUAAUAUGCCAGUGUCUAACUUACCAGUAUUAAAUAACGUUCCUUCUUAUAAUACAAUUCCAAUCGUUAAUAAUAAUAUUCCGUUUAGUAAUACACAACCGAUUAAUGCAAACCUUAUUCUAAGUAAUUUGCCGAUUAGAAAUAAUUUACCUGUAAUCAGUAACCAACCACCAAAUAUAUUGCCAAAUCAAUAUCAGAAUCUAAACAGAUUGGCACUUGUUAAUGCUUUACCGAAAAGUAUUAAUCCAAAUUUAGCGAAUAGUAACUUUUUGGGUAACACGAAUGUCGUGAUUGGCCAGCCAAAUAACAUAGUACCGAGUUUGCCAAUUGCCAAUAAUCCACAGUAUAUUAGGAAUAUUCCUAAUCCACAGGUGAGCAUUCAAAAUUUACCAGUUGCCAAUGAUUGUGGCUGUCGGAAAUCUGCCUCAUCAAUGCUAGUUGAAAAGGAAAUUGGGAACUCUUUGAAUGAACCAGUGGUGUCUUUGAAUGGGUUGCAGCUUGGCGGACUUGGCGGUCUUGGUGUCUUACCAUUAUACAAAGGCUUGCCAGUUAUUGGCAUGACGGAAAGUAUCGUCAAUCUUGAUUCUUGUAACUGUUCAAAUUAAAGAGGUAUCUUUUAAUUAUCGCUAGUUCAACAUAGUUAUAACAUGUUAUGUGUGUUCGUUUCGAUAUAAAUGUAAAUUUGCAAAAAUUUUAAAGUGCUUUAAUGUCAGACUAGCUUGUUUUAAAUUUUUGCUCUUGUUUUUAAUUGUAUGCUUUUUAUCUUUUACAAUGUAUAUUUUUAAAUUAAAGUAUGGAUGUUUUGUAAAUAUUUAUUGUAAAUUAAGUGUUAUGUCGUUUGUUGUUAAACCAAAUUAGUAGCGCACUAUCUGAAUUGUUUUAGGGUUUGAUUAACCGAUUUCAUCUUUGAUUAUUUUCUUGUAAAUGACAGUGACAGUAGAGGAAAGAACCAAAUAUAUAAAAUAGUAUCGGUAAUAUGAAACAUUGAAGUUCUUUAAUUAAUU